CGGCACUUGCAGUGUUCGUCUGAAUUUUUGGUACAUCGCGAUCAUUCAUCUCCGCAACGCAAACGAACCAGACAAACUGCUCCUGCACUCAUCGCGCGGCUGCUCCGCGGUCUACUUCUUUCGCGGUUUAUUGAUAGUGUUAGUCGUUUUUGUCGUCCAGCUCCAGGACUAAACGCUGAAUUACCUCAAUUCUCGCUUUCCUAUCCUUGCGAUUUCAAAAGGCUAAGCGCCUGGAUGGAAAUUUAGAACCUCUACUACCAGCUAUUGUUCCAAGAUGGCAGCCCAGGUUCCGGGGACGGAGGAGAAGGAGCAAAGACCUGUAUUGAGGAAGCGGAUAGUGCGCACAGACAUACAAGUUCCUUCUUUGGUUUACGGGCGGUGGGUCGAGAAACGCUUCGAAGAAUUCUCUGCUGGACUUAAGAAGUAUCUGCAAGAUGCAGCGGAGCAAAACAGGAGAGCAAUAGCUGAAGACCCAUCCAAAACUGCCGAAAUUCUGCAGAAGGGCGCAACGCUAGCAGAAGAUGUCGGUACUGUUGCGGACGACUUUUACCACCACACCUCUUGUGUCAGGAGCGCUAGACGAGGAAAGCUUUGCUGCGUGGAAGACCUCCUAGAUGAAGAUGAUGGAGCGGAAAGCGACGCUUUUCAUUGGAUUCCGCCCAAGCGGCACCCCGCCUGUCCGCCCACGCACUUGGUUGCGUAUGACAGCAAAACGCUAAAAGAAACCAGCCGGGCCAUAUCCGGCGAGGUCCUCGAAAUCUGGGAGCGUAAGGUAGAUGAAGAUCAUAAUGACAACGCGGGCCAAGAAGCAGGUCGAAGGCAAGAGAGCCCCCGUCUCGUACUUGAGGGUAAGAGGCAAAUAAGUACUACUGUAGUGUCCCGUCUAAACUCAUCCAUUGUGCAGGACCAGAUGCGGAUGUGGAUGGCGGUGGUGCGUAGGCGCUGGGAUACAAAGGCGCAGGUUCCAAACCUUCCGUCAGAACUCUUCAGCAACAUCGCAACUUACCUGCGACCCAUCGCGAGUGUCAUCUUGAAUCCCAUGUACCUCGCUAGCGUCGCGCAGGAGAAGCGCGCGCGCGAUUUGGAAAAGCUGCUGGAAGCUGGACUCGCUCACUGCUUCGAAGCUGCUCACAAUCUUUUUGACAACACAUUUGAAGCGGACGGCGAAGUGUCUUGGUCGAAAAACGAGAACGAUGUGCGCGAAGAAGGAAACACCAUUUUCACGAUAAAGCUGGCGGGGAAGUAUUUUUCCGUCGAAGGCGAAGACAUGUGGCCCAGCAAAAGCGAAGAGCAGCUAGUGAGUAGUCAAGUCUGGGAGGAAAAACGGCAGACGGAGAUGAAAAGCAGCGACCCGUUCGUAAGGCCAUCCGCAACUGAGGCGAAGUAUGACAAUAUCGUCUCCGUCUUGCGCACGUUCUUCGAAGCAAAAGGGUUGCAGUUCACUCAAGACGAAGACGAACGGCAAAAAUUCACGAUCUCUUGGGCCCCCUGAAGAAGAUAUUAGUGACUAUCACGUAAUCGCUUUGGCUUUCCCGACGCCGACGAGAGUACUCCAAGUAUGUGCUGAUCAAUCGGCCGGCUUUUCUACAGCGAGUGACUCACAUCGUUCUUCAACUUGACAUUAGAGACAAGUGCAAGUCGAGAGAAUGAAAUAAAAAGAUAUUUAUAAGAAU